UACCAACAGAAUUAGUACGCUAGUGUAAGCAUGGGGAGCAAGUUAUUCUGGUGCCAGUUGUCAUAUGCUACAGCAGGGAAGAGGGAACCCAGCAGUGCAAAAAAUGGGACGGCGGCAGUGAAUCCAAAUGACUUCAUCUCCUAACCUCCGCCCCACACUACUCUCCACACUCUCUGUCUUUGUAUCCCCUCGACUUUUUCUUUGCAUAUAUAUGUACUUGUCUCAGGACUCCAUUAAUCAGCUCCACCAAUCACUUCCACUGCAUCUCUCCCAAGUUGGCAGUCAGAGACCCUCUCUCCCUCUACCCGUCCCCCUCCAAAGAAAAAAAAAAGAAAAAGAGAAACAAUGUCGGAUUGGGGCCCUGUUUUUGUUGCAGUGGUGCUGUUCGUGCUGCUAACACCGGGGCUGCUGUUUCAGGUGCCAGGGCACCUCAGGUGUGUGGACUUUGGCAACUUUAAGACAAGUGGUGCUUCGAUUCUGGUCCAUUCCCUGCUGUAUUUUGGCCUCAUUUGUGUCUUCUUGCUUGCCAUCAAGGUUCACUUGUAUCUCGGUUGAUGAUUAAUGUGGCCCUCACUGGUCAUAUAUAAUUUGAUUAAUGAUGUUGUAGGAUUAUCCUACAUAUCUUAUUCCGCUCCAUUGUAGUCUUGUCUUAUUUUGUUUGUUUCAUACUCUAUUGUUGAGUCUUGAACUUAAUGCGUGGAAAAUUUAAGCUCUUUUGUAUUUGUUGAUUCUGUUGUUAUUGAAUUGGCCAAGUAUUUUCUUCAA